AUGGUUGAGUAUCCUUAUAAAGUGCAAACGAAAACGCCGGAACUGCAGUAUGAGACCUUCGAUGGUGCCAAGUUCGGGUACAUGCUUUGGCCCGUCCAGAAUGGCACUAACGAGGUCAAAGGUAGAAUCUUGCUAGUCCAUGGGUUUGGCGAGUACACAAAAAUUCAAUUCCGUCUUAUGGACCACUUGUCCCUCAAUGGGUACGAGUCAUUCACGUUUGACCAAAGAGGCGCAGGUGUUACAUCGCCGGGCAAAUUGAAGGGUGUAACAAACGAGUACCAAGUGUUCAAUGACCUUGAACAUUUUGUGGAGAGAAACUUGAGCGAGUGUAAAGCCAAGGGCAUCCCCUUAUUCAUGUGGGGACACUCCAUGGGGGGCGGUAUCUGCUUAAACUAUGCGUGCCAAGGUAAGCACAAGAACGAAAUAAGCGGGUACAUUGGUUCAGGGCCGUUAAUAAUCUUACAUCCGCACACUAUGUACAGCAAGCCAACCCAAAUAGCCGCCCCCUUACUGGCUAAGUUCCUGCCCAAAGUGAGGAUUGACACUGGUUUAGACUUGAACGGUAUGACGUCCGAUAAAGCGUACCGCGAUUUCUUGGGUAGCGACCCUAUGUCUGUUCCAAUGUACGGGUCAUUCAGGCAGAUCCACGACUUUAUGCAACGUGGUGCCAAGCUGUACAAGAACCAGAAUAACUAUGUCCAGAAGAACUUUGCCAAAAAUAAACCCGUCAUUGUCAUGCACGGCGAAGACGAUACCAUCAACGACCCCAAGGGGUCCAAGAAGUUCAUUCAGGAUUGUCCCUCUGACGACAAGGAACUGAAGCUCUACCCAGGUGCAAGACACUCCAUUUUCUCGCUAGAGACAGACGAAAACUUCAACACUGUGUUCAAUGACUUGAAGCAGUGGCUGGACCAACACACCGCAUCCGAGGCUAAACCAUAA